GAAAUUCCUUCAUCCCACAAUGUCAUCGAGUAUCGGAAAGACGGCGCAGUCUCGAAGAUGAGGUCACACAAGGGAAAUAUUCCCGUAUUACCCCAAACGAAGCUCUGUCCGCAUUGUCCUGCAAAAUUCACCCGAACGACCCACUUAAACCGACACCUACGAACGCACACUGGCGAGCGACUACAUCGCUGCGACACAUGCGAAGCACAGUUCACGCGGAGUGACCUUCUGACUCGGCACAAAAGAAGCUGUGGUGAUCCUGGGCAUGUAUCUCGCACGCGGCGUCGAUCCUGCCAGGCCUGUGCCGAGUCCAAAGUCAAGUGCGACCUCCAGCAACCCUGUGGCAAAUGCCAGGACCGCGGAAGGGAAUGCGUCUUUACCAUGUCUGGUCGCACCUCGCGUUCGCCUCCAUCGUCCUCCCUAUCGAUACCAUCACCAGCGGGGGAGACAGACGAUGCCUCCUCCUCCCGCUCUGAGCCGGGUAGUCGGUCUCGGGUGUCCCCUACUGCGCCUGAUGAUACGAUAUCACUGCCCGAUUACCAUCAGCCCCCCUCCCCGUACGAUUGGUCGGCAGGAGUCUCCGCAGGUCCCUCACACCGCACUACUGAUAUCCACCAUGUGCGUACCCCACAGGAUCCAUUUUCGGGCGCCAUCCCUGCACAGAUUCACGCGCAGCAGCUGUAUUCUGCGGAGCCCCUCGCGAUCCACCGUCACUCGAAUCCACCACCCAAUGACCCUUACCUCUACCAGCACCAUUCAAUGUACCCCGACGCCAGCUACGUGCAGGCCCCCCUGACGGCGAGUACCCUCCCGCCCGAACCACGACACUAUGCGCCUACCUCCUCCGACAUUCGUCGACAUAUGUCGCUUCCUACCCUACCUCAUAUGCCUUUGCAUCGAAAUAACGAUCCUUUUCCUCCUUCGGAGCACUACCCUGGGGCAGAGGGAGGCUACGGCGACGUUUACGCUCAUCAGUCACCCCAAGACUACUCCCAUAUGCGCCAUUAUUCUUCUGAUACGAGUGGUAUAGUACCACCUCCCCAACAGAUGUACCGCCACCAUACUCCAUCCCCUCUCAGCGCGUCGUCGUCGCCAGAUUUUGCCUUCGGGUCUUAUGGGUCCAGCCUCCCUCCUACGGAACCCAUGAUCCAGCAGGGAAUUUCAAACCUGAGGGCGACGCAGCCAAACUGCCCCGAUUGUAUCAUGGGAAUUGGUCGCUGCGUUCGAGGGCAUUUACAAGGGUAGAGGCGGCCUUUUUGCGUAUAGUACCGUUUAUGCUCCUUCCGUGCGCAUCAUCACCGGCGCCCCUGAUGUUUGGCGGACUCAGACCUCAGAGGUGUCCUCCCUCCCUGCCAUCUGAACGUCGCCCGUACGCACACCGCGCGUGUCUGUGGUCUGCUGCCCCACAUGAGCGUCCGACGACUAGCAGUCUUCGGAGCGGCGAGCCUCGAUCACGUCCUCGGCUUAAUUACG